UGUGGUAAUUCAGUAACAAUACGUCCGGUCCUGUAGAGGGCGCUGUAGCGAAAGGGCUCAGUGUUGUGUUUACAAACUGAACGGACAAGAUGGCAGAGGCAGACAAUCCAAAAGAAGGCUCUUGUACUUUCUUGUUCAAGAAAUCAACAAAGAAAUUUUCGGGACGAAAAAGAAAGGCCAGUGACAGUGAUAAAGAUGGGAACAGUGAUGAAGAUCUCAGUUCUGUGGUCAGAAAGGAUAAGAAAGAGACUCGAGUAAAUCCGAUGAUUCAAAAGUCCAAGAAAGUGGAGAAAGAGGCUGUGUGCUCCAAUGAAAGUGAAGAUAACAAAGAGGACAAGAUAACCAUUUCCUACAAGUCCACACGUUCAGCUAAACCAGAGGGCCCAGAGGACAUGGGCGCCACGGCGACGUACGAACUGGACACGGAGCGUGACAAGGAUGCUCAGGCCAUCUUUGAGAGGAGCCAGAAAAUCCAAGAGGAGCUGACUGGCAAGGAGGACGAUAAGAUAUACCGUGGCAUCAACAACUACCAAAAAUUCAUCAAACCCAAAGAUACCACUAUGGGCAACGCAUCCUCUGGCAUGGUCCGGAAAGGACCUAUCCGAGCCCCGGAGCACCUACGAGCCACGGUCAGAUGGGACUAUCAGCCAGACAUCUGCAAGGACUACAAGGAGACCGGAUUCUGCGGCUUUGGAGACAGCUGCAAGUUCCUCCACGACCGAUCCGACUACAAGCAUGGCUGGCAGAUCGAGAGGGAGCUGGAGGAAGGCAGAUACGGCGCCAAUGACGAGGAGAACUACGAGGUAAGCAGCGACGAGGAGGACUUGCCCUUCAAGUGUUUCAUCUGCAGGGAGUCCUACAAGAAUCCCAUAAUCACAAAGUGUCGCCAUUACUUCUGCGAGGCCUGCGCCCUUCAGCACUACCGGAAGUCCAAACGCUGCUACGUGUGCAACACUCAGACCAAUGGCGUCUUCAACCCGGCCAAAGACUUGCUGGCCAAGAUAGAGAAACGCAAAGCUGCCAGCAACUUGCCACCGUCCGACGAAGAGGAUGACUGACGUCUCCGACUUUUGCCCCUUACUGUCUUUGUGCACAUUGUGAAUAAAAGUGUAUUUUAGUUUUUUCAAG